GAUGUCCUCACUUUUUCUUUGGAGUUUGGUUAUUUUAUUGACAUUUGCUGAAUCAUAUGGUGAAGCUGGAGGACUUGUGCUGCAGAGACAAAAAAGAAAUACUGACCUCCAACAACCUCGAAUGACUGCAGAGAGAGGGAAUUUAGUGUUUCUUACUGGAGCAGCUCAAAACAUUGAAUUUAGAACUGGAUCCCGGGGGAAAAUUAAAUUAAAUGAUGAAGACCUUGGCGAAUGUUUACAUCAGAUCCAGGAAAACAAAGAUGAUAUUACGAACUUAAAAAGAGGUGCAGUUGGUCUGCCUCAGAAUAUUUCCAGUCAAAUCCACCAGCUCGAUUCCAAGCUCGUGGAUCUUGAGAGAAAAUUUCAAAGGUUACAGCAGACACAUGACAGAAAGGUCUGCAGCAGCAAUCCGUGUCAGCACGGGGGAACCUGCCUCAAUCUCCAGGAUUCCUUCUUCUGUAUCUGUCCCUCACAGUGGAAGGGUCCUCUGUGCUCCGUUGACGUUAACGAAUGUGAGAUUUACUCAGGAACACCCUUGGGCUGCCAGAAUGGAGCCACGUGUAUAAAUACAGAAGGAAGUUACAGUUGUCUCUGCUCGCCUGACACCCACGGCCCCCAGUGUGCAUCCAAAUACGAUGACUGUGAGGGGGGUUCCCAGGUGCGCUGUGUCCACGGCAUCUGCGAGGAUCUGGUCCGAGUGCAGGCUGGAGAGCCCAAGUACAGCUGCCUCUGUGAUGCCGGGUGGACGGCCCCGUCGAACAGCACGGCCUGCACGCUGGACAGAGACGAGUGCAGCCUCUGGCCUCCGCCCUGCUCAGCGCUUGUGCAGUGUUUCAACACGCCGGGCUCCUUCUAUUGUGGCGCCUGUCCCGCAGGCUGGCAAGGAAAUGGAUACAUUUGUGAAGAUAUCAAUGAAUGUGAGAUAAGCAAUGGCGGUUGUUCUGUGGUUCCACCUGUUGCGUGUAUAAACACACCUGGCUCUUACCACUGUCAUCCCUGUCCACCAGGGUACCAGGGCGAUGGAAGAGUCUGCGCCCUCAUAGACCUCUGCUCGGUCAAUAACGGAGGCUGCCACCCACUCGCGUCGUGCUCCUUGGUUCUGGGUUCCUUACCUGUCUGCACCUGUCUCCCGGGAUAUACUGGAAGCGGUUAUGGGCCAAACGGAUGUGUGCAGCUCAGUAACAUUUGCCUGAGUCACCCCUGUUUAAAUGGACAGUGCCAAGAAACAGUCUCUGGUUAUCUUUGUAAUUGUGAAUCGGGUUGGGCAGGUAUCAACUGCACAGAAAACAUCAAUGAGUGUCUGAGCAACCCCUGUCUGAAUGGGGGAACCUGUGUUGAUGGCGUUAAUGCUUUCAGUUGUGAAUGCACACGUUUCUGGACUGGAUUUCUCUGUCAGAUUCCCCAGCAAGUUUGUGGAGGGGCCCUCUCAGGGAUGAAUGGAAGCUUCAGCUACAUGAGCCCUAAUGUUGGUUAUGUCCAUGACGUUAACUGCUUCUGGGUUAUCCGAACUGAAGAGGGAAAGGUGCUGCGGAUCACUUUCACUCUUUUCCGAUUAGAAUCAGUGAACAAUUGUCCACACGAGUUUCUUCAGAUUCAUGAUGGGGAUUCCUCUGCGGCAUUUCAGCUUGGAAGGUUCUGUGGCUCCAUCCCCCAUCACGAACUCCUCAGUAGUGACAACGCCCUCUAUUUUCAUUUCUAUUCUGAACAUUUAAGAAAUGAGAGAGGCUUUACAGUAAGAUGGGAAACACAGCCACCAGAGUGUGGAGGUAUACUGACUGGAACUUAUGGUUCUAUUAAGUCUCCGGGAUAUCCUGGGAAGUAUCCCCCAGGAAGAGAUUGUGUCUGGAAAGUGAUAACUAGUCCUGGUCUCCUGAUAACAUUUACCUUUGGGACCUUGAGCCUGGAGCACCGUGAUGAUUGCAGCAAAGAUUAUCUUGAGAUUCGAGAUGGUCCUUUGCAUCAGGACCCGGUUCUUGGGAAAUUCUGCACCACUCUGUCUGUCCCACCACUCCAGACUACAGGUCCCUUUGCCAGGAUUCAUUUCCAUUCCGACAACCAGAUUAAUGACCAAGGGUUUCAUAUCACCUACUUAACAUCACCUUUGGAUCUGCAGUGUGGAGGGAACUACACAGACCCAGAGGGUCUCCUCUCUGCUGACUUGUCUGGACCUUUCACACACAACAGACAGUGCAUCUAUACCAUAAGGCAGCCGCUGGGAGAGCAAGUCCAAGUCAACUUCACCCACGUGGAGCUGGAAGGCCAGAGUGGCUGUUCUCAGAGUUACAUUGAGGUUCGAGAUGAUCAAACCUUACUUGGAAAAGUCUGUGGCAGUGAAACCCUCUCUCACAUUAAAUCCAUUACUAAUAGUAUCUGGAUCAGGCUUAAAAUAGACGCUUCUGUUGUAAGAGCUAGUUUCAGUGCUGUUUAUCAAGUCGCGUGUGGAGGUGAAUUAACUGGAGAAGGGGUCAUCCACUCGCCCUUUUAUCCUAAUGUGUAUCCAGGAGAAAGGAUCUGCAGGUGGACCAUCCACCAACCCCAAAGCCAAGUGGUUCUUCUCAACUUCACUGCCUUUGACACGGGAAGUUCUGCCCACUGUGAUACAGAUUAUAUUGAGAUUGGUAGCAGUUCCAUUUUGGGUUCUCCUGAAAAUAAAAAGUAUUGUGGCACAGACAUACCUUCGUUUAUAACAUCCGUGUACAAUUUUCUUCAUGUCAUAUUCGUGAAAAGUUCUUCUGCUGAAAAUUAUGGUUUCAUGGCUAAAUAUAGUACUGCGGCUUUGGCAUGUGGAAAAGUUCUUACAGAGUCAACAGGAAGCAUUCAAAGUCCUGGCCAUCCAAAUAUCUACCCCCAUGGUGUCAACUGUACCUGGCACGUAAUAGUCCAACCUGGUCACCUGAUUCAUCUGAGAUUCAGGGAAUUUCAUCUGGAGUUUCAUUACAAUUGCACAAAGGACUAUCUAGAAGUUUAUGACACUGGUUCUCGGACAUCUCUUGGGAGAUAUUGUGGAAAAUCCAUCCCACCCUCUCUUACCAGUAGUGACAACUCAUUAAUGCUUACAUUUGUGGCUGACUCUGACCUUGCUUAUGAAGGCUUUUUAGUAAACUAUGAAGCAAUUGAUGCAUCAGCAGCAUGCUUGGAAGACUAUACAGGUGAAUCUGGGACUUUCACUUCUCCAAACUUCCCCAGUAAUUAUCCCAACAACUUAGAAUGCAUUUAUAGGAUCACGGUGAAGACCAGCCAACAGAUUGCAUUGCACUUCACAAACUUCUCCUUGGAGGAGGCCAUCGGGGGAACUUGUGUAGCAGAUUAUGUGGAAAUCAGGAAUGGAGGCUAUGAAACUUCACCACCCCUGGGGCAAUACUGUGGCUCAAAUCCACCUCCAAGAAUCAUCUCCCACAGUAACAAACUAUGGUUAAAAUUUAAGAGUGACUUCUUGGGCUCAGGGCCUGGAUUCUCAGCUUACUGGGAUGGGUCCUUAACAGGUUGUGGAGGCAAUCUCACCACUCCCACCGGCAUGUUCACAUCUCCCAACUACCCGAUGCCCUACCACCACGGCUCCCAGUGCCACUGGUGGUUGAAAUCCAGCCACGGCAGUCCGUUUGAACUGGAAUUUGAAGACUUCCAUUUGGAGUACCAUCCAAACUGCACUUCAGAUUAUCUGGCCGUAUAUGAUGGGCCAAGUACCAGCUCUCAUCUGCUAACCCAGCUUUGUGGGAAUGAGGAACCGCCUGUCAUCCGUUCUAGUGGAGACAGCGUGUCUUUAAAACUGAGGACAGAUGAAGGUCAGCAAGGACGUGGCUUCCUGCUUAAAUACCACCAGACAUGUGAGAACGUGGUGAUUGUGAAUCAGACGUAUGGCAUCUUAGAGAGUAUACAUUUUCCAAAUCCCUAUUCUGUCAAUCAGCGUUGCAACUGGACCAUCCGAGCAACAACUGGAAACACUGUGAAUUAUACGUUUUUAGCCUUUGAAUUGGAACGUCACACAAACUGCUCCACCGACUACUUAGAGCUGUAUGAUGGCCCACGGCGCAUGGGGCGCUAUUGUGGAGCAGACAUUCCACCUUCAGGGAGCACCACGGGCUCCAAGCUUCAAGUGCUGUUUUAUACCGACGGGGUCGGUUACCAUGAGAAAGGAUUCCAGAUGCAGUGGUUCAUCCAAGGUUGUGGUGGAGAGUUGUCUGGGGACACGGGCUCCUUCAGUAGCCCCGGCUACCCUAACAGAUACCCUGCCAACAAGGAGUGCAUCUGGUACAUUCACACCGCCCCUGGGAGCAGCGUUCAGCUCACCAUCCAUGACUUUGAUGUGGAGUAUCACGCAAGCUGCACCUUCGACGUCCUGGAGAUCUAUGGAGGCCCUGAUUUCCACUCUCCCAGGAUAGCCCAGCUGUGUGUGCAAAGAUCGUCUGAGAAUCCCAUGCAGGUCUCCAGCACUGGAAGUGAGCUGGCAAUCCGAUUCAAGACUGACUGGUCCAUAAAUGGGAGAGGCUUCAACAUCUCAUGGAGAGCGGUCCCUGGAGGUUGUGGUGGCAUUUUCCAAGCUCCCAGUGGAGAGAUUCAUUCUCCAAAUUACCCCAGUCCUUAUAGGAGCAACACUGAGUGUACAUGGGUCAUUCAGGUGGAAAAACAUCACCGUGUUCUCUUGAACUUCACUGACUUUGACCUUGAACCUCAGGACUCUUGUAUUAUGGCAUUUGAUGGUUUAAGCUCUGCAGCCCCUCGCCUUGCCGGUGUGUGUGGAAGACAGCAGCUGAGGAACCCCUUCACCUCUUCAGGAAACAGCCUCUUCCUGCGAUUUCAGUCUGGCCCUUCCAGACAGAGCCGGGGGUUCCGCGCUCACUUCAGACAAGCCUGCGGCGGCUACAUCCUCACCGACUCCGUUGAUACGAUAUCCUCUCCCCUGUUCCCUGCCAACUAUCCAUACAAUCAGAACUGCAGCUGGAUAAUUCAAGCCCGGCCUCCGUUCAAUCAUAUCACCCUCUCCUUUAGCCACUUUGGACUUGAAAGCAGCACAACGUGUACUCGAGACUUCUUAGAGAUUUUGGACGGCAGUCGUGAUGACGCGCCCCUCCGAGGCCGAUACUGUGGCCCCUCCAUGCCCCACCCGAUCACUUCCUUCAGCAAUGCUCUGACACUGAGGUUCGUCUCGGAUGCUAUAGCGAAUUUUGGUGGUUUCCACGCCACGUAUGCUGCAUCAACAUCAGCUUGUGGUGGCAUCUUCCACAUGGCUGAAGGCAUCUUCAACAGCCCUGGCUACCCAGAAAUUUAUCCCUCUAAUGUGGAAUGUGUCUGGAACAUUGUCAGUUCCCCUGGCAACCAGCUCCAGCUGUCUUUUAUAACUUUCCAGGUGGAGGAGUCUCAAGACUGUAGCAGAGAUUUUGUGGAGAUCCGGGAAGGAAACGCCACUGGUCGCUUGGUGGGACGGUACUGUGGAAACGUCCUCCCUCUCAAUUACUCAUCCAUCCUUGGGCACAUCCUGUGGGUCAGAUUUGUCUCCGAUGGCUCGGGCAGUGGCGUGGGCUUCCAGGCUGCAUUUACCAACAUAUUUGGCAAUGACAAUAUUGUGGGAACUCAGGGGAAAAUUGCCUCUCCCUUAUGGCCCGGAAAUUACCCCCACAACUCCAAUUACCAUUGGAUAGUGAAUGUGAAUGAAUCUCAGGUUAUCCAUGGUAGAAUCUUGGAGAUGGACAUGGAGGCAACACUCAACUGCUAUUAUGACAAACUAAAGGUUUAUGAUGGGGCUGGCAUUCAUUCCCGCCUGAUUGGAACCUAUUGCGGUACCCAGACUGGCUCUUUGAGCUCCACUAGAAGUUCUUUGACAUUUCAGUUUUCUUCUGACUCUUCAGUCUCAGGGAAAGGAUUCCUUUUGGAGUGGUUUGCAAUGAAUGCCUCUGUUGGACCUUUACCUACCAUUGCUACAGGUGCUUGUGGUGGGUUCCUGCAGACAGGAGAUGCUCCAGUCUUUCUUUACUCCCCAGGCUGGCCUGAAAGCUACAGUAAUGGCGCUGACUGCAUGUGGCUUAUCCAGGCUCCUGAUUCUACUGUGGAACUCAACAUCCUUUCCCUGGACAUUGAAUCUCAUAGUACAUGCAGCUAUGAUAAACUUGUGAUAAGAGACGGAGACAACAGCAUGGCCCAGGAGCUAGCAGUUCUCUGUGGCAGAGAGAUCCCUGGGCCCAUCCGGUCUACUGGAGAGCACAUGGUGAUCCACUUCACCUCGGACUUCAGUGUAACCAGGGCGGGCUUUAAUGCAUCGUUUCACAAGAGUUGUGGUGGAUACUUGCAUGCAGACAGAGGGAUUAUCACGUCACCCGGGUAUGCAGAGACCUACACUCCCAACCUCAACUGCUCUUGGCAUGUCCAGGUUCAGAGUGGUCUGACCAUCGCUGUACACUUUGAGCAGCCCUUCCAGAUUCCAAAUAGAGACUCUUCUUGCAGCCAGGGGGAUUACUUGGUGCUAAAAAAUGGACCUGAUAUCUCUUCUCCACCCUUGGGACCCCAUGGAGGAAAUGGGCGUUUUUGUGGCAGUCGACCUUCGUCCACUCUGUUCACCUCAGAUAAUCAAAUGUUUGUUCAGUUCAUUUCUGAUAAUAGUAAUGAAGGACGAGGAUUUAAAAUCACAUAUGAGGCAAAGAGUUUAGCCUGCGGGGGCAAUAUCUACAUCCACGAUGCGGAUCCUGCUGGAUACGUAACCUCCCCCAACCACCCCAGCAGUUAUCCGCAGCACGCUGACUGCAGCUGGCUCAUAGCUGCUCCUCCCGGGAAGCUCAUAAGGCUGCAGUUUGAAGAUCGAUUCAAUGUCGAAGCAACACCCAACUGUACGUCCAAUUACCUUGAGUUGCGAGACGGUGCUGAUUCAAAUGCACCAGUGCUUUCCAAGUUCUGUGGAGCUCAUCUGCCCGCCAGUCAGUUGUCCUCAGGAGAGCUGAUGUAUUUGAGAUUCCGGUCUGACAGCAGCCCCACUCAUGUGGGAUUCAAGGCCAAGUAUUCCAUAGCUGAGUGUGGAGGAAGGGUGACAGGGCAAAGUGGAGUCAUUGAAAGCAGCGGGUACCCAACGCUUCCGUAUGCAGACGACUUGUUCUGUGAGUGGCAUCUCCAGGGACCCUCGGGACAUUAUCUCACCAUCCGCUUUGAAGGCUUUAGCCUUCAGGAUUCAUCUGGCUGUGAACGAGACUUCGUGGAGAUCUGGGAAAACCAUACGUCUGGUAAUCUAUUGGGCAGAUACUGUGGAAACACCAUUCCUGACAGCAUAGAUACUUCUGGCAAUGUUGCUUUGGUCAGGUUUGUCACAGACGGCUCUCUCACUGCCUCGGGAUUCAGACUACGGUUUGACUCCAGCGUGGAAGCAUGUGGUGGGGAUCUCCAGGGCCCUGCUGGGACCUUCACUUCUCCCAACUACCUGAACCCAAACCCUCAUGGCUGGAUGUGUGAAUGGAGAAUCACUGUGCAGGAAGGACAGCGGGUGACCCUCACUUUUGACAACCUGAGGCUAGAAGACCAUCCAUCCUGCAGCAGUGAGCACGUGACAGUAUUUAAUGGCAUUAGAAGUAACUCACCCCAGCUAGAGAAACUGUGUAGCAGCGUGAAUGGUACCAAUGAGAUCAAAUCUUCGGGAAAUACAAUGAAGGUUGUUUAUUUCACUGAUGGAUCCAGGCCAUAUGGAGGCUUCUCUGCCUCCUAUACGUCCAGUGAAGACGCAGUGUGUGGUGGGUCCCUUACAAAUUCCGUUGUGGGAAACUUUACUUCUCCUGGCUACGAUGGAGUCAGUAAUUACUCAAGAAACCUAAACUGCGAAUGGACGCUCAGCAAUCCACACCAGGGAAACUCCUCCAUUUACAUUCAUUUUGAGGAUUUUUACCUAGAAAGUCACCAGGACUGUCAGUUUGAUGUCCUUGAGUUCCGAGCGGGUAAUGCUGAUGGGCUUCUGAUAUGGAGACUUUGUGGGGCUUCAGAACCUAGCAUGCCACUGGUUAUACCUUAUCCUCAGGUAUGGAUACACUUUGUCACCAACGAACGUGUAGAACAUGUUGGAUUCCAUGCACAGUAUUCCUUUACAGACUGUGGUGGAGUACAGAUAGGUGAAAGUGGAGUGAUCUCAAGCCCCAACUAUCCAGCCUCUUACGACAGGUUGACCCACUGUUCUUGGUUGUUGGAAGCCCCACAAGGCCACACCAUCACUCUGACAUUCAGUGAUUUUGACAUUGAAGCCCAUUCAACCUGUGCUUGGGACGCUGUCACGGUCAGAAACGGUGGUUCCCCCGGAUCACCCAUCAUAGGACACUACUGUGGAAAUUCAAACCCCAGGACAAUCCAGUCGGGUUCCAACCAGCUGGUGGUGAUUUUUAACACGGACCGUUCGGUGCAAAAUGGUGGCUUUUAUGCUACAUGGAACACAGAGACUUUGGGUUGUGGUGGAAUACUUCAUUUAGACAAUGGUACAAUCAGAUCCCCCCACUGGCCUCAGAAUUUUCCCGAGAACGUCAGAUGUUCCUGGACAGUCAUUACUCACCAAAGUAAACACUUGGAACUCAGCUUUGACAACAACUUCCUCAUCCCCAGCGGGGACGGACAGUGUCGGACCAGCUUUGUGAAGGUGUGGGCAGGCACUCAGGAGGCCGACCAGGCCCUGUUAGCCUCGAGCUGCGGGAACGUGGCCCCGGGUCCCGUCAUCACGCCCAGAAACGCCUUCACUGCUGUGUUCCAGUCGCAGGAGGUCCCAGCUCAGGGCUUCUCUGCAUCCUUCGUUAGCCGAUGUGGAAGGAACUUCACUAAUCCUUCAGGUUACAUUGUUUCUCCAAACUACCCAAAGCAAUAUGACAACAACAUGAACUGCACCUACAUCAUAGAGGCCAGUCCUCUGUCCCUGGUCCUCUUGACUUUUGUGUCUUUCCAUCUGGAAGCUCGCUCCAUUGUAACGGGAAGCUGUGUCAACGACGGCGUGCACAUAGUCAGGGGUUACAGCUUAUCUUCCACGCCUUUGGCGACGCUGUGUGGGGAUGAGAGCCUGUCCCCUGUCACCACCUCUGGUCCCAUGCUGCUUAACUUCUACUCAAAUGCACACACCACGGACUUGGGAUUCAAAUUUUCCUAUAGGAUAACCCCCUGUGGUGGUGUGUUCAACCUCUCCACCGGGGUCGUCAAGAGCCCUUUCUAUUCCUACUCUGCGUACCCUAACAACAUGCACUGUUUGUACACCAUCACCGUCAGGGACGACAGAGUAAUCCAGCUCAAGUUCAAUGAUUUUGAUGUGGUUUCCUCCACCUUCUGCUCCCAAGACUACCUGGCAGUUUACGAUGGUUCUAACAUCAGUGAUCCCCUUCUUGGCAAAUUCUGUGGUUCCAGUCUUCCACCAGGUGUUAAGAGCAGCAGUAGUAGUAUGUUCCUGGUGUUCAACACAGAUUCGUUUCAAACAGCAAGAGGUUGGAGGAUAUCUUUCUGGCAGACAUUGGGGCCUCAGCAAGGAUGUGGUGGUUAUCUGACACGUUCAGAUGGUACCUUUGCCUCUCCUGAUUCUGAUUCGAAUGGAAGAUAUGACAAGAAUUUAAACUGCAUAUGGUUCAUGACUGCCCCUGUAAACAAACUAAUUAGACUCACCUUCAACACAUUUGCUCUGGAGGCAGCAACUAGUUUGCAAAGAUGCAUUUAUGAUUACGUCAAGUUAUAUGAUGGGGACAGUGAAAAUGCCAACUUGGCUGGAACAUUUUGUGGUUCCACCGUACCUGCUCCAUUUAUUUCUUCUGGGAACUUCCUUACAGUUCAAUUUGUCAGUGACUUAACUUUAGAAAGGGAAGGAUUUAAUGCUACAUAUACCAUCGUGGACAUGCCUUGUGGCGGAACAUAUAAUGCAACUUGGACCCCACAGAGUAUUUCGUCACCCAAUUCAUCAGACCCAGCUGUCCCAUUUUCCGCCUGUACUUGGGUCCUUGAAGCUCCUCUACAUCAGCAGGUCAUGAUUACUGUGUGGGCACUUGAGCUGCACUCACAAGACUGUGACCAGAACUACUUAGAGUUUCAGGACCCACCAGAGAGUAAUGGAAGUCCAGGAAUUCGGUUCUGCGGCAGGAAUGCUUCAGCUGUACCCACAUUUUAUUCUUCCAUGAGCACCGCAAUCGUCACUUUUAAAUCGGAAGUUUUUAACAUAAACUCUAGAGUGGGUUUUACCUAUCAGAUUGCAGAUUGCAACCGAGAAUAUAAGAAGGCAUUUGGCAACCUGAGGAGUCCCGGCUGGCCGGGCCGCUACAGCAGUAACGUGAACUGCACAGUUGUGCUCACAGCCCCUCGUAACCACACCAUCUCCCUCUUCUUUCACUCCUUUGACAUCGAGGACUCAAGUGACUGCACAUGUGAUUUCUUGGAGGUAAGAAAUGGAAGCGAGAGCACUUCGCCAUUGCUGGGCACGUUCUGUGGGACUCUGUUGCCGAAUCCCAUUUUCUCCCAAAGCCGUGAACUAUACCUACGAUUUAAGAGUGAUAGUGCAACUUCCGGUCGUGGAUAUGAAAUUAUCUGGACCUCAUCACCCUCUGACUGCGGCGGGACGCUUUACGGAGACAGCGGCGCGGUCACCAGCCCUGGCUAUCCCGGCACUUACCCAAACAACACUCACUGCGAAUGGACCAUCAUUGCUCCUGCGGGAAGACCCGUCACCGUCAGCUUCUACUUUAUCAGCAUUGACGAUCCCGGAGAAUGCGUCCAGAACUAUCUCCUGCUCUACGACGGCCCGGAUGCUGACUCUCCAUCGUCUGGACCGUAUUGCGGCGCAGACACUGACAUAGCUCCCUUUGUGGCCUCGUCACAUCGUGUCUUCAUAAAAUUUCAUGCGGAGUAUGCAGCCCGACCGUCAGCAAUCCAGUUAACCUGGGCCAGCUAACCGCAGGAGGCCGGGUCUGCUCAGCACUUUGAUUUUUCUGCAGGGCCUGGACCCUCAGACCUCACGCUGGACGGGAUUCUGCCAUCCUGAUACCUGUCCCCCCUGCCUGUGCCACUGAGAAUAAUCUGAACUUCGUUUUUCAUCAAAGCACAUGUGGAAUCAAUAUUUGUAUACAUUUUUUGCACGUAGAAUGUAGCUUCUUUAAUAUUUUGAGCUGAAAUUUUCUAGAAUCCCUUAAAGGGGUGGAAAUGAUUGCGGCUUAUGUGCUGUACAUUUUCAAAAGUUAAUAAAAUAGAAGUACCGUUUUCACUGUGAAUGUCAAAUUGGGGAUGAUAAACACUACUGAAAUGUAAACAGUGAUGCUGCGUUAUUUUUUUAAACUCAUUAAAAUUUGUCUUUCACUGUG